AAAACACUUGUAACGUAUAACGUUGAUAAUUUUCUAAGUUUUUGCAAAAAAUAAAAUAUUAACUGGUAAUGAAAAUUGUAAACUAUAGUUUUUCUUAGUUCUUCUUUAUCAUUAAAGAAUGCCAGGGUAAGCGCAAUUACUUCUGUUGAAAAACAUAGCAUUUGUUACAGAGAUGUCUUUGGAUCAUAUGUUUUGUUCUCGAUGCAGAGAAGGUUUUGUACCUCAUGAAAAAAUUGUUAAUUCACAUGGAGAAUUAUGGCAUCCUCAGUGUUUUGUAUGUGCACAAUGUUUUCGUCCAUUCCCAGAUGGAAUAUUUUAUGAGUUCGAAGGAUAUAAAUAUUGCGAACAUGAUUUUCAUGUCUUGUUUGCACCUUGUUGUGAAAAAUGCGGGGAAUUUGUUAUUGGCCGUGUAAUAAAAGCAAUGAAUGCUAACUGGCAUCCAGCGUGUUUCCGUUGCGAAGAAUGCAGUGGUGAAUUAGCUGAUGCAGGAUUUAUUAAGUGUCAAGGCAGAGCUUUAUGCCACACAUGUAAUGCACGCGUUAAAGCAGGAGCACUGGGAAAAUAUAUUUGUCAUCAAUGCCACGGAGUAAUUGACGACAAACCUCUACGUUUUCGAGGGGAGCUUUAUCAUCCGUACCACUUCAAUUGUACAGCUUGCGGUACAGAACUUAAUUCUGAUGCUAGAGAAGUUAAUUCUAGACCAGGAUAUGCUGCCAAUGAAAUGAAUGAGUUGUAUUGCUUGAGAUGUCAUGAUAAAAUGGGAAUUCCAAUUUGCGGAGCAUGCCGACGUCCGAUAGAAGAACGUGUAGUAACUGCUUUGGGUAAACAUUGGCAUGUUGAACAUUUUGUAUGUGCAAAAUGUGAAAAACCAUUCUUAGGUCAUAGACAUUAUGAGAAAAAAGGUUUAGCUUACUGUGAGACACACUACCAUCAACUUUUUGGAAAUCUUUGUUUUGUCUGUAAUCAGGUCAUUUCUGGGGAUGUCUUCACAGCUUUAAACAAAGCAUGGUGCGUUCAUCACUUUGCUUGUGCAUUUUGUGAUCAAAAAAUGAAUCAAAAAACUAAAUUCUUCGAAUUUGAUCUGAAGCCAGCUUGCAAAAAAUGUUAUGAUAAAUUUCCACAAGAAUUAAAGAAACGUAUGCGUCGUAUGUACGACUUAAAUCCUAAAAGAAUACCCGCUUAAAACUAUAUUAUAUCAUUUUAUUUACACUAAUUACAGGAAGUAAAGUAAAAAAAAUUCAGCAUAUUAAUGAAAGUUAACAGUAAAAUGUAACAUACCUAUGUACUGAUUGCUAAUAUUAAUCAAAUCACUGUAUU